AGAUAGAUAUGAGAUACAUAGCCCAUGAUAAGAUGGAGAGCAAAUUUAAUGAUGAAGAUGACGAAAGGGUAUGUCUUGUUGGUUGUCAUUUAAUACCCCACGUCCCUAAUGUUUAAUUGGGCUAUUCGAUCACCAACUACUGAUAUUUCAACAUCUUAGAAAGCUAGCACUGGUCAGAUUUCAGAAUCACUUUGUCUACUUCUGCAAUCAUUCUCUUCUUGAUAAACAUUCAACCAUAGCAGAUAAAUUUGCACUAAUAUGCCUUAGAUAUUGCACAUAUUAUAGAGCGAGAAAAAGGUCCUUACUUGUGUGUCCGCAUUAUGAACCAGCAAGAGAAUCAAGACUUGGCUUCUUCCUUGCCUGUUCUUCCACGGUUAGAUCGCCUUGAUCGCCUAGUGCAGCUUCUGGAAGAGAAACAUGGGAUUUCAGGAAGAGAUACUGCCUUGAAGAAAGAGGAAGAAGAGUCAGAUGAGUCCAAGACUAAUAUGACUCUGUCCUCUGCUCUCGAAGAAGUUCAUCACAAAGGCACACUCAUGGAGCGACUUGCACUCCUUGAGACUCGAGUUUUACAGGUUUUAAAUAAUAAUCACUCCUACUUAACUUAUAUUAUAUAUAUAUACAAUAUCAGCAUAAAUUGCAUUGUUAGUGUUAAGUAUGUUAUAACAAGUGGUCUACUGUUAAGUUUGUGGGCUUGAUCAACUGUGGGGGUUGCG